AUGGCAUCAGCCUUGUAUAUCCUUCACUGGCCAGAGAUUGAGGUUGAAUUUCUGCAGAGCCAGGUACUUGUUUUCCGAAGCUAUCGAAAUAGUAAGAUAGACCACAAAACUGUUAUUCAAGACUUUGAUGAAGCGUAUAAAAGGCAAAAUGCGCAAGAUAGAACUCCAUUCAUAUUGAUUCGGAAUAUCAGCUAUGUGUAUAUCAAAGUAGAAAACGAUCUAUUCCUUUUAACUGUCAGCACAAAGAACUUUAAUGCAAUGCUGCAAGUAGUGUUUCUUCGAAACUUUUAUGAAGUAGUUACCAAGUAUCUAUGCAAUACAAGCAAGGAGCCAGACACGUCCGUUUCAAAGCUUAAUAAAGAUACUAUAAUGGACAACUUCAAUCUAGUAUUUGAACUUUUAGAUGAGUGUAUGGAUUUUGGAAUGAUACAGCUGACUGAUUUUAAUAUACUAAAAGAAUUUAUCAAAAUAGGAUCUGCAAAACCACGAAUGGCCCUUAAAAAUAACAAGUACGACUCCGAAGAUUCUGAGAGUGAAGGCUCUGAGAAAGGAGAACAUGAAAACUCGUCUUUUGUUGAUAUUCAAAAGAAAAAAAGCAAAGUGAAAUCAACAAAGAACCGAGCAGUCACAUCGAUUGCUGUUUCUCAGAAUCAAACUCAUGUAAACAGUGCUGUACUCAGGACUUUCUCCCAUUCGAUAAAUUGGCGUCCAAAAGGUAUUUUUUACUCUAAGAACGAAAUCUAUAUGGAUAUGGUGGAAGAAUGCGAAUUCUACUACGAUCUAGAAGAAAAUAUAAUCAGAAGAAAUUAUAUUACUGGAAAGUGUGUCGUUAAGUGUUUUCUUUCAGGAAUGCCAAUCUGCAAGAUCGGUUUCAAUGAAAUGAAUAUUUCUGGUAUUAAAAGCGAUACGCUAGACGAGCUCGAUUUUAGUGAAAACAAGAUCUUACCUGAAGUAGAUGAAGAGGAAGAUGAAGGUGACAUGGCAUAUGAUGAGGGUGACAAUAAAAUAGUCGGUACUGAUACUACAAGUCAAAUUAAUCCAAAGAACAGAGAUAGACAUGUUAUUGAUCCGGAAGUCAAAUCUGACAGUACUUAUGAGGGGCCAAACACGGCUGAAGAGCAUCAAAGAAGUAAUAAAAAUACCUCCAAGAAUAUUCCAUUAGAGAAUAUGAAAUUUCAUCAAUGCAUAGAACUUGGUAAGAUAUACAAGAACAAUAUUAUCAGCUUUAUUCCUCCUGAUGAUGAAUUUGUCUUGAUGUCUUACAACGUCGAACAAAAAAAAAGGAAGAAACUUCCGCCACUAUUCAUGGUCAAACCGCAAUAUAGAAUCUUCAAAAAGUCGAAGAAAUUACAAAUUUUGUGCAUAUUAAAUACUAACUUUAAAAAAAGGUUAGAAUGUUCGAAAUUAGUCAUAAGUAUGCCAUUAAACCCAACAUUGUUCAAUAUUGAAACAGAAUCUGGAAACUACGAAGUAUUGAAAUAUAAGUCUGAACUAGGAGACGUAAGCUAUAAAAUUGAUACCUCUGAAUUGAUAUGGAGUUUAGAGAAAGUUCAUGGGCGAAAAUCCAUAAAAAUGAUGGCUGAGUUGCAUCUAGCCGACACCGAGAAUCUCAACUUGUCAGCAAUCGAAAGUUAUAUCUAUAAUAAAGCAAUGUAUGAACAGAAAGGAACAGCCUCAGAUGAUACUACUGAACAGCUUGAUAGGUAUUACAAUGUUAAUGGGGCGUCAUCUUCGCUGGCGUUGAGGCUUAGAGAAGCCCUGAUACUACGGACCUCAGUCAAUGAAAUCAACAUUUGCUUCUCUGUACCCAUGCUUUCAUAUUCUGGCCUUAAAAUAACGUACUUAAGCGUCAACGAUGAGCAAAUGCAGUAUACCUGCUUUUCUUGGGUGAGAUACCUUACUGAGUCAGAGUCAUAUCAAGACAACAUUGAAGCUUCUAGCAAAGAUAAUCGCAUCCACAGAGGAAAUUAUAAAUUUAAAUUAGGGGUAAGUUGCUUUCUGUUCGUGGAUUGA